AUGGCACCGAGGAAACGCCAAGCGGCAGCAGCAACACGGAGCAACCAACAAAAAAGACGGCGCCGCGCUGAGAUUAUCGAAGAAAAUCUCAAUCAAGUCAUCGAGGCCGUCGUGAUACCAGAACCAGAACCAGAAGCUACCCCUGCCCGCAGAGUUACACGACAAAGGCAGCGAGAACCAAGAACACCGAGAUUUCAACAACAGCAGCAGCGGCAAGAUGCUGCACUACCCAGUGAAAGACGACGUCCAAAUCCUGUUUACCCACUAGAGGCAGAGGUAAACAUCAUCGAACCAACUCCGGCUACAUCAACUCCUCGAAGGCAGCAACACCCCCAAGACAUCAACGUCAACAGCACCGGCGGAUCGAACAACUACAAUGCAGGUACCACGCUGAACAAUGCGUCAAUUACACGUGAGACUCCCGUAGAAAAUGCGAUGCUUCUUUUGUCCGAAACUUUAAUCGAAACGAUGAAUGUGAUUCGCGAAGGCGCGUCGAUCAGGAAUUUUUUGCGUACGUCGGAGCAACACGAAGUUGACAGGAAAUUACCCGAGUUCUCAGGCAGACCAUUGCAGUGGCUGCAUUUUUAUAAAACCUACGAGGAAACGGCAGACUUGUUUAGCGCUCGUCGCAACAUAUCGCGUUUAGAAAAGGCAUUGUCGGGAGAGGCUAGAAAACUUGUAAAGACACUGCUGUCUAUCACCGAUAGCCCAACCGUAGUUGUCGACGAGCUAAAGAAACACUUCGGGAAUAAAUUUUUAAUCGCGAAAGACAUUGUAAAAGAUCUUCACUCGUUACCAUGCCUGAAAUCCGGAAAAAGCAAUUUAUCAGUGUUUGCGACUCAAUUAAAAAGCGGCGUCGAGGCCCUUCAGGCGUUAAAUAUGAGUGAAUAUUUAAGUAGCAUCGAUCUACUAAUGAGCGUUGUGAAUAAAAUUCCCGAGGACAUGAAGUCUACAUACUAUCGAUACGUGGACAGUGCAAUGAAUUUGCCUGCUGAUGCGUCGUUACUACAGAAAUUAACAAUGUUUUUAUCAAAAGAAUCGGAUAUGGCCAUGCGUGCGGGAAUUUUUGACAUUGAAAUGGCAUCUUCGAAAAGCGGGAAUGAAAGCGGUGCGAGAAAACAUGCGAAAACUACGCGAUCCGGGGUAGUAUGCACAACAAUCAAUGGUGCUGUUGAAAGCAGCAACGACAAAAUACAGUGCAGAUGUCAGUUUUGUGAUCGUAGCAACCAUGACAUAAGCGCUUGUGAAAAAUUUCAAAAAGAAACCAGCAAUCGCCGCUGGUCCUUUAUCAAGCGUAUGAAGCUCUGCUUUAAGUGUUUGGGUACAGGUCACCGGCGUGAGCAAUGUCAAUCGAGAAUUAUAUGUGAUAUCUGUCAAAAGAAUCACCACACUCGUUUACACACCUUUAGGAACGAUAAAAAUCGAAACUAUUCGGACGAUAAGAAAGGUCGCGAUAAUGAGCGAAAGGAACAUCCGAGUAGUCGCCAGGGACGCGACAAACUUAGAGAUCACACGCAAGUUCCUCGCUUGGAACUACCGCGGCAAUCUUUGUCUAUAGAAGUCGUACAGCGCGUAAAGAGAAUACUUGACAUCGAACUUCAUCCGUUUGAGAAUGUUAGAUUGGGCAUUAUCAUAGGACAAAACAACUGGCCGCUAAUCGAGUGCGACGAAGUAUUACGGGUCGAGAACACCGGAUUCGUGAUUUCUCACACGCAUUUAGGUUGGUCGCUACACGGUUACAUCGAGGAAAAAUCACUAAGAAGCGAUGUACUAGUGCAUUUUUCUUGUUUUACGAAAAAUGAUGUGAAACUCUGUGAUCAAGAACGGUUAUUUGAACUAGACAAUAUAGUACAUAGGUAUUUAGAAUAUGAAAGUCUCGGUAUAGAACAAGCGAAACCAUCUCAAGAUAAAAAUGAGCGAGCCAUAGCGAUCUUAGAAGCGACGACUAGGAAAACGGGAAGCGAAUGGGAAACGGGCUUAUUAUGGAAAGAGGGACUGAUGCCGGAAUUAAAUAGCAGAGCAACUGCACUGCGUCGUCUUUAUUCGUUAGAGCGCAAAUUAGAUAAUAACCCGUCUUUCGCCACGCGCUAUUACAAAGAAAUGGAGAGGUUAAUUGAGAACGGCUACGUCGAAAAGGUCAAAGAGAACGUGAGGCGACCGCGAGUAUGGUUUGUGCCGCAUUUUGGGGUUGAGAACCCAAACAAACCCGAUAAAGUACGCUUAAUAUUUGACGCAGCCGCGCGAACUGGGGGGGUAUCCAUGAACGACUUACUCGAGACUGGCCCCGGUCUACUCGAAUCGUUGGUCGGCGUCUUGCUUAGGUUUCGUCAACACGCGAUCGCUGUAAAAGCAGAUAUAAAGGACAUGUAUCUGCGGAUCAAGUUGAUAGAGCGUGAUCGAGGGGCACAGCGUUUUUUAUGGCGAGGGGCAAACCGUAGUUGUGAGCCAAGUGUUUGGGAAAAUGUAAGCUUGAUUUUCGGUUCAAAAUCGUCACCGUGCAGCGCAAUCUAUGUCAAAAACAAAAACGCCGAACGUUUCGCUCUCGAAAAACCCGAAGCCGUGCGCAGCAUAAUAAAGAACAGCUAUAUGGAUGACUAUCUCGCAUCGGGGAAGUCAGCCGAAGAAAUGCGAGAACGUGUCCGCAACGUAAUUGCCAUCAACCGCGAAGCAAACUUUAAUAUGCACGGUUGGGCGUCCAACGAUCCGAACGUCAUCAACGACGUACACGACGAUUACAAAAGCAAACUUGCCCGAACAAACUUAUGCAACAACGACGAACGCGUAUUAGGUCUUUACUGGGAUCGGAUGGAAGAUACAUUUAGCUUUAAUGUAGGCCUUGAGAAAAUUCGUGCAGAACUAUUAAGAGGUGAUGCUAUACCAACCAAACGGGAAGUCAGCAGUAUAGUGAUGUCAGUGUAUGAUCCUUUGGGAAUAAUAUCACCAUUCACCAUUCAAGCCAAGUUGAUCCUGCAAGAUGUUUGGCGUAGUGCCGUCGGUUGGGAUGAGCGCAUUCGUGACGACGAGUUCGAGUUUUGGCUCAUAUGGUUAAGAAACCUUCCGCGAAUGCAAGUCUGUAAAAUAUCGCGUUAUUUGAGAUUCAGAAAAAUCGACGCGCAAACACAACUACACACCUUCACCGACGCAAGCACGAAAGCUUAUGCGACAGUCGCGUAUCUUAGGAUAGAAACAAAUAAUGGGGAUGUUCAAUUAUCACUCGUGAUGGCAAAGGCACGAGUCGCACCAAAGAAGCCCAUGACAAUCCCGCGGUUAGAAUUACAGGCGGCUCUGUUAGGCACAAAGAUCGCGGCCACCAUAGAACAAGAGUUAGACAUUAAAAUAGGGAAGCGAGUUUUUUGGUCCGACUCUUCGACAGUGUUACACUGGAUUCGUGGGGAGCCGCGAGAAAAGCAGGUAUUUGUGGCCAAUAGGUUGGGCCAAAUAGGCGAGUUGAGCAAAGUCUCAGAAUGGCGUUGGGUCCCAACGAAAUUGAACCCCGCAGACGACGCAACAAGACAAUCAAACAAGCCAAUGCUUUCGGAGGAUCGUUGGUUUAUCGGCCCCGAAUUCUUGCGCGAGCGGCCUGAAUCAUGGCCAAAAGAGAAAGCCUUGCAAGCGUGUAAAAAACAAAAAAUAGACGAACAAGAAUCGCGCAAAGCAUAUAUAGGUGCGACUUUCAUUACCGAACCUACUAAAUGGGAAGUUCCGCUCGAACUAAGGAUAUUAGGCUGGUCGAGAAUAGUAAGAACAAUGCAGAGUGUAAGAAAGUUCUUCUUUAUCUGGAAACAAAAAUCUCGCGAGAAACGCGUUCAGACAAAUAGACGUAGUAAAACUAGAACGCACAACUCGUCACCACAAAACGCAAACGAAUCGACAAAAAAUGGUUUAGAGGCAAUAUUCGAAGCUGAAAAAACGUGGUUUCGUUUAAUUCAGUCUGCACACUUUCCACGAGAACUUGAGACACUUCAGAAAGGGAAAGAGUUACAUCGAGGUAGUAAAUUAAUAAACAUACAGCCUUACAUUGACAAGCACGGUUUGCUACGCGCGAGAGGUCGGGUCUCAAAAUUCUGUUCCACGCACUUUCAAAAUCAACCAAUAAUCUUAGACGCUAAGCAUUAUGCCACGAAACUUUUAAUAGCCGAAUUCCAUCGUAAGUUCGAUCAUGCGAACAACGAAAACGUCAUCAACGAACUGCGCCAACAAUUCUAUAUUGUUGGUUUGCGCACGAGACUACGAUGGCUCGCAAAAAAUUGCGUCACGUGCCGUUUACGCCGAGCGAAACCUAUGAACCCUCCGAUGGCCGACUUACCUACUUGUCGUUUAGCCAGUGGUCUUAGGCCCUUUACUCACUGUGGAAUCGACUAUUUCGGUCCCAUGGAGGUGAAAAUUGGGCGUCGCCGCGAGAAGAGGUGGGGUGUGCUCUUUACAUGUAUGACGACGCGAGCAAUACAUGUAGAAAUAGCACAUACUUUGAACGCGAGCUCAACUAUCAUGGCUAUUCAGAGAUUGGGGGGCAGGAGGGGGUGCCCGCGGGAAAUCUAUAGCGAUAAUGGCACCAAUUUCGUAAGGGCAAAUAAAGAAUUAGCGGAGGAAAUUAAAAGCUUAGACAUACGGAAGCAAAAACAGUUUGCGGAAUCGCGCCGAAUUAAAUGGCACUUCAAUCCGCCUGAUGCUCCUCACAUGGGGGGAGCGUGGGAACGCCUCAUUAGAUCGGUAAAAGUUGCCCUAAAACACGCGCUUAACGAGCACGCGCCGUCGGAAGAAGUACUCGUGACUCUCCUCAUAGAAAUAGAGCAUAUGGUUAACUCGCGUCCUAUGACACAUGUGUCAGUAGACCCGCAGGAUGAGGAGGCGCUAACGCCUAAUCAUUUUCUUUUCGGCUCGUCAUCCGGACACGUGCAAAUAGACAGAUAUGAAGCAGAAACUUUAAAUCCGCGUAAAACCUACGAAAUCGCGCAACAUCUCGCGAACGGUUUUUGGAAAAGAUGGCUGCGCGAGUAUCUGCCCACUUUACUUCCGCGCCAAAAAUGGAAUACUUCAGUUCCAGCGUUAAAAGUUGGCGACAUUGUCUUGAUCACAGACUAUCAAGCGCCGCGAAACACUUGGAAAAAAGGAAAGGUUGUGGAAAUCUACCGAAACACCUCCGAUCAAGUAGUUAGAAUCGUAAAAGUGCGCGCCGGAAAGAAAGAUUUCGUUCGACCUGUCAACAAAUUAGUAAAAAUAUUUAGUCCUUUACAGGGAGUCUAA